AUGUCGUGCACGCUGGGAGCUCAGGUAAGCUGUGCGGGGUGCCUUUGGCGCCAGUGCCGUGUGGAACAGGAGCAGAUCGUGACUGGCUUGCGACUGCAGCCUGACGACGUCAGCUUGGACAUUAUCAAGGUGAUCGACGGUCGUCGACUGCAAGAGGGUCAGUAUGAGGUAAUGUUGCACUUCAAGCACGCCACCCCAGAAAAGGAGCGCCAGAUCCGACAGUAUCUGCAUGAACACGGGGAGAUGCUUUCCCUGCUCGGCGCAGAGCUGGAAGAGGCUUCGGCGACUGCCAGGACGACGCACCCUGGGACGUCAACGCUGCGACCGCAGAUGCCAACACGUAUGCCCUCGCACACAACUCUGCCCAGUAUGCACCGACCAACGCCACCACCACCCAGACACAGUCAAACAACAUCACGGACGCAGCCAGAGCAUCAUCAGCCUACCACCGUUCCAUCAACACAGUCGACGCUGACUACCUUGGCGUCAACCAUGCCCACGACGACAACACUGAAACCUGCAACUGCACCGCACGCAAGCACAGCAGCCUCCACGUCCAGGCCAGCCACCACUUUGCCUGUGCUCCACCUCCAGCCACGAGGAAUGCCUCACGACCGUCAGGCAGUCAUCCACGUUCUGCUGGGCGUUCGGAAGGUCAGUGGCAGCAGCUAUGCCUACGAGAUGGAUCCCACCUUCGACCUUUCCCGACGCGAGGCGCAGCUCGCGGUCGUCGAGUUCUGUCGGCGCCUGCGUUGGGAAGCGAAGCUCAAGGUUGUGAAGGGGCAGUGGAACUGCUGGCCUUCCAUGCUGAAAGAUUUCCUACAGCACAGAGGCGAGCAGUUCCCCACAUAUGCAAUCUGGCCGGCUGUGCAAAGGUUUCUGGCGCAGGCACCAAGCGAGGCGGACCACAUGGGCCUGGCAGAUGACGGCAGCGUGGCGUGGCCGGGAGCCCUCCAACAAGAUGUUCUGAGAUUAUCCUCAUGA